GAGGAAGCUAACUAAUUAAAUAGCUAUUUAUCAGCUUUAUGGUUAGGUAGCAAAUCACAAAGAAAAUUGAAAGAAACAGAGGAAAUUGGGCAUGGGAAUGGGUAGAUUAUUGUUAUUGCCGUUCAUAGAAAUGGGAAUUGCAGUGGGAGUGAGCUUGCUGCUGGCGAUGAGUGUGGCCAGCAAAUGCUUUGAUGGAGAGAGAGAAGUGCUCCUCAAGUUCAAGCGCAACGUUCUUGACAAAGAGGACAGGCUAAGGUCUUGGGGCAACCACAGUGAAGAUUGCUGCCGCGAUUGGGAGGGGAUCAGGUGUGAUGAUUCUACUGGCCAUAUCAUCCACAUUGAUCUUAAUAGGAUGAAUCUUUCCACGAAAGGCGGCGACGGUGGCAGUAUGUAUAGCCCCGUCCUUCCAUUCUUUGAGCUGCGCUAUUUGAAGUAUUUGGAUCUUAGCUCCAAUUACUACUUGCUGGAAAACCAGAGCAUCUCAUCAUUGAUUGGGAACAACACCAUGGUCUCCCUUCAACAUCUAAAUCUUAUAGGCUGCGGAAUUGUGGGCACCAUUCCUGAAAAUUUGGGAAACAAGAUGCCUGCCCUGACAUACCUUAAUCUCUCCUAUAAUCACUUAGAAGGUUCCAUUCCUGAAGAUUUAGGAAACGACAUGCGAGCCCUCACAUACCUCGAUCUUAGCAGUAAUAGAUUAAAAGGACCCAUUCCUGAAAACUUUGGAAUUAACAAGUCUGCCCUUUCACACCUUGAUCUCUCCCGUAAUAACUUAGAAGGUUCCAUUCCCAAAAAUUUAGGAAACGACAUGCGAGCCCUCACAUACCUCGAUCUUAGCAGUAAUAAAUUAAAAGGACCCAUUCCUGAAAAUUUUGGAAGCAGCAUGUGUGCCCUCACACACCUCGGUCUCGGUUCGAAUAGCUUGGGAGGCUCCAUUCCUGACACACUGGGGAGUAUGGUUAAGCUGACUUACCUUAACCUGCAAGAUAAUGAGUUGGAGGGUCACAUUCCUGAAGCUCUAGGGAAUAUGUCAGUCCUUGAACAACUUAACCUUUGGGGUAAUAGACUUGAAGGAGAAAUACCUAAAUUCAUUUGGAACAUAUGCACUCUGAAGGUCUUGAGCUUGGAUUCCAACAGUCUUGGUGGGAACCUUAUCAUAUCCACAAUAUGCUCGAACCACUCCCUGCAGGAAUUAUCUUUAUCUCGCAACCCACUCACGGGGUCAUUUCCUGAUCUUACCAAGUUCCCCUCUUUGACCGAAUUAGAUAUUGGUUAUAACCUCCUCGGUGGGGUCAUUUCGGAACAUAACUUUGUUACACUCACCAAGCUACGCUAUCUGGACUUAUCUUCAAAUAAUUUCACUUUCAAUGUCACCUCGGCUUGGCUUCCUCCUUUCCAAUUGAAAAGUAUAUACCUCCGGUCUUGCAAGCUAGGCCCUCAGUUCCCCAAUUGGCUUAGAACUCAAGUCAACAUUUUUGAGCUUGACAUCUCUAAUAACGACAUCUCAGAUUCAAUCCCCUCCUGGUUUUGGAGCAGAAUCACUAGUAACUUCCGGGAAAUUAAUGUUUCUCAUAACGGAAUGAAGGGAAAAAUUGAAAUUGGUGCUGAAGCAUCAAUCAGCGGAGGCAAACUAGAUAUGAGUUCCAAUCAAUUGGAAGGUGUCAUUCCACCCUCUUUAUUAAAUGUGAAAGUCCUGUUUCUUUCUCGGAAUAACUUCACCGACCUCAACUCUCUAUAUGACGUCAAGUCAUUUUCUCCUUUGCAGCUUUUGGAUGUCUCAUACAAUCAACUUUCCGGAACACUUCCGGAUUGCUGGUCAAAUCUCUCUAGUCUUCAAGUUCUGAACCUGGGAAACAAUCACAAUCUAUUAGGGACUCUUCCAACAUCCAUUGGGUCAUUGGCUUCCCUGAAGGCAUUGCAUCUUGACCAUAACAAAUUUACUGGCCCUCUACCUUCAUCCAUGAAAAACUGCUCGACCUUGGUAUCUUUGCAUCUGGGGUACAAUAACUUGUAUGGACCAGUACCAGAUUGGGUGGGUGAAAGUCUAACACAACUUGUGAUACUUGUGCUAACAUCCAACAACUUCUAUGCAAGUUUACCAACAAGUCUGUGCCGUCUCCAGUCUCUUCAAUUGUUGGACCUGUCCAUGAACCACAUCUCAGGGACUCUUCCCAAAUGUCUUUCUAAUCUCACCCAAAUGAUGACUAUGACAGGAGGAGACAACAUUGCCAUCACUACUUAUUUGAUAGAGAUCUACGUCGAAGUUACAACAGAUUCUACUAUAUCAUAUGUAUUCUCUGUAGAUGACAUAAUAGAUGUUAGGUGGAAAGGUGUUAUCUCCGAAUUUGGAAGUACUUUAAGAUAUGUAAAGAGCAUUGAUCUAUCAUCCAACAUGUUGGAUGGGGAAAUUCCAACAGAAAUCACAUCUCUUAUUGGGUUGGUCUCGUUGAACUUGUCACAAAACAAUCUCACGGGACCCAUUCCUUCGAGGAUUGGUAACUUGGCACGCUUAGAUACUCUCGAUUUGUCUACUAACCAUUUGUCUGAAAGCAUUCCUCAAAGCCUUGCCCUGAUUCCUGGCAUAAGCUUUCUCAACGUGUCCAACAAUAACUUAUCUGGCAAAAUUCCGAAAGGCACUCAACUUCAGAGCUUCAAUGCAUCAUUCUACACGGGGAAUCCCGCACUAUGUGGAGAUCCACUCACCAACAGUUGUCCAGGAGAAGAAUCUACUCACUCUACUUCUCAAUUCAGUGAAGAAGGAGCUUCUAAUAGAGAAGAGGAGGAGGAUACACUUCUUGGCGGCGAGUUUUAUGCAAGCGUAGGGGUCGGAUAUGCGGUUGGGUUUUUGGGAGUUCUUGGGACGAUGCUAUUCAACAGGUCUUGUAGGUUUGCAUUUUUCGAAGUCCUUGAAAACCUUGGUAAUUGGACUUACGUUGCAGUCGCAAUCCACAAAGCCAAGUUCCUGGCAUCACUUGGUGGUUAAUAGGCCAGUGUAAGGAGUUGGUUAUGUUUUUUUCUCGAUCUUGUCUAGAUUAAUAUAAUAAUCUAUAGUGUUGGGAUAUUGAUGUAAUUUCCACAUUCUCUAUUUAUUUAAUAUAAUAAUCUAUAGUAUUGGGAUGUUGAUGUAAUUCUCUAUCUAUAGUCUGUUUGGUGAUCAUGUUUUUAAGCUUAUCGGCCUUAAUAUUUAUGGCUUGUUUCCCCAAAUUUCUGGAUCUUUUGUUUUAUGUUUUACUUGGUCCGUGAUUUAUUA